AUGGAAUUUGAAGUCGAAAGUUGUGAUCUCAGUACAAAAGAUUAUAAAUUCAGUAGUGUACCUGUUUUAAGUAAAGAACUUUCCUACGACGACUUUUUCAGAACUUACAUGCAACCUAAUUUACCUUGCGUUAUCGAAAACGUGACGACGGAUUGGCAGGCGCACUUCAAGUGGUUGAACAACAACAAUAAACCCAAUUUAGACUAUUUACGCAGCCAGUAUGGUUCCUGUGACGUCACGGUGUACAACUGCAACGAAAAAUACUUCAACUCGCAGAAAACUGAGGCUUGUAAGUUGUCGCAUUUUUUCGAUUUGUGGGGCCAAGACAGUUCGAAGUUUAAAUACUUGAAAGACUGGCACCUGAAGAACACGUUCAAGAACGACGAUUUUUAUCAAGUUCCGGUUUAUUUUGCGUCGGACUGGUUGAAUGAGUUUUUGACUGAGAAUAAUGAAGAUGAUUAUCGGUUUGUUUACAUGGGGCAAGCUGGCACUUGGACUCCUUUCCACGCGGACGUUUUUAAUUCCUUCAGCUGGUCGGCCAAUGUUUGCGGCAAGAAAAGGUGGAUUUUGUUUCCUCCUGGUGAAGAAACUUUUUUUAAGGACUCACUCAACAAUUUAGCUUAUGAUAUUAGCGAUGUUUAUAAGACUAGGGAGCAUUUUGAGCUUGUACAGAACCCAGGGGAGGCGAUUUUUGUACCCUCUGGAUGGUACCACCAAGUCUGGAAUUUAGAAGACACUAUUUCUGUUAAUCAUAACUGGGUUAAUGGGUGCAACAUCAUGAAAAUGUGGCGAGCGAUUGAGGAGAAUCUGGCCAGUGUGAAGAAAGAGAUUGAAGAUUGUGAAGAUAUGGAUGGGUUUAAUAGUCACUGUCAAAUCAUGUUGAAAGCGUCAUUUGGGAUUGAUUUUUUCAGAUUUUAUGAAUUUCUUGAGUUUAUCGCCUUGAGAAGACUGUCACAAGUUGAGAACAAUAGGACGGAAAUUUUGUUCCAUGGUCACUCAUUGGGGGUUAAGCACGCCACCUUUGAUCUAGUUGCACUUAAGUCAGUUCUUGAAGAGUUCAUCCAACAUUGUGACGUUCCUAAAAUUUUUAAUUCAGACAUAUCUAAACCUGAAAAACUUUUACAAAAAAUCAGAGAUUCUGUUAAAGUUUAUUAA